CAUUGGCUGUUCGAGCAUGCCACCUUCACAGCCGAACUCCCGUCCACCCACUGAGAGCGCCUCUCGCGCUCAGCAAUACAGGGAUUAUUAUUUGUUCGCGCGUCCUUUCAUACUGUUGCAAAACAGAUUAAACUGUUUGUCUCCAAACACCGACGUCUCACCUGCAGUUUAUCAUGGCCACACGCAUACGACCUAGCAGUAAGCGGUGUGCAGUGAUAGGAGGCUCUGGGUUCCUGGGUAGACACCUGGUAGAGAAGCUGUUGGAUAAGGGCUACACCGUGUCGGUGUUUGACAUCAGACAGAGCUAUGAACUACCUGGAGUCACCUUCCACCUGGGAGACCUCUGUGACAAACAGGCUCUCCUAACAGCCCUCCAAGAUGUCUCCCUGGUGUUCCACUGUGCUUCUCCAGCCCCAGCCAGUGACGACAAGGCUCUGUUCCAGAGAGUCAACAUCCAGGGGACACAGACUGUCCUACAGGCCUGCACUGAGGCUGGAGUACAGAAAGUGGUACUGACCAGCAGUGCCAGUGUGGUGUUUGAAGGAACAGACAUCAAGGAUGGGAGAGAAGACCUUCCCUAUGCCAAGAAGCCCAUCGACUACUACACAGAGACCAAGAUAGAACAGGAGAAGCUGGUUCUGAAGGCCUGUGACAAGGAGAAGGGUCUCCUGACAGUGGCCAUCCGACCUCACGGUAUCUUCGGCCCCCGGGACCCCCAGCUGGUGCCCAUCCUGGUCGACACGGCACGCAGGGGCAAGAUGAAGUUCAUCAUCGGUGAUGGUUCUAACCUGGUGGAUUUCACUUUUGUGGACAAUGUGGUUCAUGGACACAUCCUGGCAGCUGAGAGUCUGAGGCCAGAGUCUCCUAUCUGUGGCAAGGCGUACCACAUCACUAAUGACGAGCCUGUCCGGUUCUGGGACUUCAUGUCAGAUAUUCUAGUAGGUCUGGGCUACGCUGCUCCACGCUACCACCUUCCCUACACGCUAGUCUACGGGCUGGCUCUGCUGCUGUGGCUGCUGUCUCUGUUACUACGCCCCCUAGUGGCCUUCAAACCCACCUUCACCCCCAUGAGGGUGGCCCUGGCAGGUACACAUCACUUCUACAGCUGCUCCAGAGCCAAGCAGGACAUGGGGUACAAGCCUGUGGUCAGUCUAAAGGAUGGGAUCAGAUGCACGGUGGAGAGCUAUCCUCAUCUACGACAUGGAGCCUGAUGGCUAUGUCUGCAAUAUGGUAGCCUGGAAACCAAACUGAUAUGCUCUGUGAAACAAUGGUGAAAUGGAUCGUAUCAGUUUGGAUUCCAGGCUAGUGGUAUGGAUCCUCACGGCUGAGUCCUGACUUGAGAUCUAUGCACAGAACUUGUUCAUUUUAGUAAAAUCAUCCACUGAUGUCAAUGGGAGGAAAACAUGAAGCUGGGAGUUGUGUGUACAGUCCUCAAGUUAAGAUUCAACCCACUGAUGUCAAUGGGAGGAAAACAUGAAGCUGGGAGUUGUGUGUACAGUCCUCAAGUUAAGAUUCAACCCACUGAUGUCAAUGGGAGGAAAACAUGAAGCUGGGAGUUGUGUGUACAGUCCUCAAGUUAAGAUUCAACCCCGAGGAUGGUUUCAUACUCUCACUCUCACCAAGGUGUGAUUUUCAAACUCACAUAUUUUUUUGUCCCAUAAUACUAACGGGAGGUAUGAUGCGUUGACAUGAGUUAUUUCUGUCAUGUCUGUAGGCCUAUAUGAGGAUCUGUGAACUCUCACCUUUCCUUCAACAGUCACUCUUUCAUUAGUGCCUGGUUUCAGUACCUCUCCUCACCAAUAGAGAGCAGCACACAUUUCUUCUCUGUGGAAUGUGGAUACACAAUCUAACAUGGAGAUGUUUCCAUCACUUCCUCUUGCCAUUGUUCAUGAGCACUCAUUUGGAUGUAUGAGUGAUACAUUUACUGUGACUGGUAGCUAUCUUAUUUCUCUUCUCUUAUACAAAUCACAAGCAAUCAUGCAGUUUGUUCAUUUCAAAUAAAAUCCAUUAUCUAAACAUUG